GAGAGAGAGAGAGAGAAAGAAAGAGGACGAAGAGAUGAUGGAGUUAGAAAUUGCUUUCGGACACAGACAACAGAACGGGAUGAUGGAACAGGACAGAGUGAGUCAAGCCUCUAGUGUGGUCACAGUUUCCUCAACCAGAGACAAGACUGACAAGAAACUGCAGUCAUUCUGUAAAAGGUCUCGCUCAGUGCAGAGAGAUCCAAACUGUGCAGUAGUGAUCAGAGGCUGGCUUCAUAAAAAAGACAGCACAGGGUUGAGGUUGUGGAAGAGGAGGUGGUUUGUUUUGUCUAAUUACUGUCUCUUUUACUAUAAAGACAGUAGGGAGGAGUGUGUGUUAGGGAGUCUUCCUCUCCCCAGCUAUAAGAUUUUCCUCUGCUCUCCAGGAGAGUGUAAGAACAGGAAGUAUGCUUUUAAGGUGGUUCAUCAGGGAAUGCGAUCAUAUUUGCUCAGUGCUGAUACUCAGGAGGACAUGCUGGGUUGGGUCAGAGCUCUCCGCCAGUCAGCAUGCAUGGAGAAUGAUGACCUUAUCAGCAGACGCUGCUCCAGCUAUCACGACUUCUCUCAGCUAGGGGGCAGCACUGAGUCAGUGAACCCUCUGCAUGUGUACAAGAUCCAGAACAAACCCUGUCUCACUGCAGGGGGUGUGGACAUGGGGGGGGAGAGGGGCAGACACCGGCCUUCACACAGUUAUGACACUCGAACUCGGUCUCUGAGUUUGGACCGCACAGGUGAAGAUCACUUCCGAUGUCAUGGGUCAGGACCAUUGACCCCCAGAUGUCAAUAUGAGUCACAAUCACACAGCCCAGUGGGCAGAGUUGACCUACGACCUCAGGAGAUUCAGUCUGAUCAGCUGCCCCCCUUACCCCCCUCCAGAAUUACCCACAAUCCUUCAGGCCCUCUGCACCACAGCACUGCCUCUGUGUGUGUGUUUCCAUCCAGUAUGUGUGAGAAAGAGAUACACACCCUCUCAGCACUACAGGGAGACACAGAUAUGGUUCUGACGUGUUUGUGUGGCUGUGAUAAAGUACUACAGACUUUCUCUAUUGAAAUGGAUCUUCUACAACAUGAUAAGGAUCAUGCUGAGUUUGCCUUGGACAUGUCUCGUAUAGAGCUGGGCAAGGGCCAGCUAAAUGAACAGCACAUAUCCCAGAAGGCUUUGCUGCAGGAGGAGCUAGUCACCAUCAGAGCCAGAAUGUGUGACAUAUCACGGGAGAUGGAGAGGGUGUGGUUGGACUACAAGAGGAUGGAGAGUGAACUGUGUGUGUUUCGUUCUCACCUGCAGCACAUCUGCCAUUUUGGACUUCCACAGGAGCGCUCCUUGGCUCAGAAGCAGAUCUGGAUGAUGGAUGAUAUUCUGAGUGGUCUGAAACCCAACAGGAGACGAUUUAAAGCACUGAUUGCUUUACACACACCAACAAUGUUUCCACUUCUACACAACUCAUCACUCCAUUCAAAGGAAAGUGUGCAUUACUGGGGGGAAGAGUUACAACCACCCGCACGUCCUCCUUUACCUCUGGAACUGGAGAACACAAAUAAGAGCUCGAAGCUGAGGUCUGAGUGGGCAGAGCCGUAUUACACCAUGUUGUACAACGCUGAUACAAUCAACACAGACUCCAUUACACACACCAACACACACCCAGCAGAAUCCAAGUCAGUGUGUUUGGGGGAGGAGUCUGGUCAUUUCAUCCAGAUGGCCCCGAGUUGCAACCAGAAAAAAACGCACACUAAGAGGAGCCGAAGCCCAGAUUAUCAGAUGAACAUGGCUGAUAAGCCCCGCCCAUUCACUGAGUCCGAGUCUGAGUCCUCUCCUCUCUGUCUGAUGCACAUAAUGAGGGCGGAGCUUCCUUCAGUUCUCACUGCACAGAGAGUGCGUGUGGAGGAAUCGAACCCUGAGGAGGACAAACUACACACACAGAGUCACAAACAUGAAGAACAGAGUGAUAAUGACAAUCUUGAUGUCCGUGUCAUGAAGAGAGAUUCUGAUUUAAACAUGAUGUCUGAACAAAGACAUGCUAAACUCAAGCGAGCGGAUCGCAUCAGAGAGCGGGGACUGAAGAGUGCUCUGAGGCGGAGUGACUCCGCUCAUCCUCUGAAGUUCAUUGAUACUGAAGGAUCUGGUAAUCACAGUCAAAAGUCCACACACUCCCUGCGCACUGAUGGAGUCCGUUUCCAUGGAAACACGUGGAUGACUGAGAGUGAUGUACCUGAGACACCACCCACAUUUAGUGACAUCAAGCCUUCAUCAACCAAUCACGUUUCGACACUCACGAUAAACAACAUAGCAUCUGAGGAAACAGAUGAGAGAGUGAACUGCUCCAGUCUGACCAGUCAGAAGGCUGAAUGGUUUCUUUCCACUAACCACUGGCAGGAGUUCAUUCCCCUCAACAUCCAGGAGGAGGAGCUUUCUCCAUCCACACAGAAUUCAGACACAUCAACUAAUCAGAAUUCAGAGCAAUCAACUAAUCAAACUCACCUUGGAGGAAACCUGAACAUGACGACAUUGUUAGUCGCCAUGGAAACGCUUAAUAAAACCACUCCCAAGCUCUCAGCCGCUCUCUCACAUCAGCCAACAGGAACUUCACCUGACAAUCACAAGGAGUUACAGUCUGACCGCUCAGGACCGGAGCUGUGCGUCUAUGAGGAGAUUCUGCACAAAGCUCCAGAAUCAGCCACAGAGGAUAACGGGAGUGUGAUUGGUGAAGCCAACGUCCAACAAACACACCUUUCCACCAAUCACAACUCUAGCCCUCCUCUGUCUGCCAAUCAGCAUGCACCAUUAGACUUUGGGGGAGGGGGGAAUGGAACUACGGAAGAAGAAGUGGCACAAGAGAUCAGUGGGAACUCUACACAACAAAUGUAUGGUUGUUGGAGUAAAAACUCAGUGACCAGUCCGAGUGAUUCCUUUAACAAACCACGAGUCACGGUGCUCAGGACAAGCUUAUAGAGAGGAAUUAUAAGAGGAAUAAUAAUAAUAAUAAUAAUAAUAAUAAUAAUAAUAAUAAUAAUGUUUGCUUUAAAGUGUUUGUACCUCACUUUAAAAAAAAAAAUUAAUUUCAUUUUUAAAUACACUGUAUUGCCAAAAGUUUUGGGACACCCCUCCAAAUGGUGUCGUUUUUCAGGGGUUGGGCUUGGCCCCUUAGUCCCAGUGAAAGGAACUCCUCAGCUUCAUCCCAAGACAUUUUGGACAAUUUCAUGUUCUUUGUGGAAACACUUUGGAAGGGAUGACCCCUUCCUGUUCCAACAUGACUGCACACCAGUGACCAAAGCAAGAUCCAUAAAGACAUGGAUGACCUCAACCCCAUAGAACCAAAGGCUUUGGGACGUCUGCCUUUCCAUGCAGAUGAAUGUAAUAUGGAGUUGUCCCGCCCUUUACAGCUAUAACAGCUUCAACUCUUCUGGGAAGGCUUUCCACAAGGUUUUUAUGUUUUAUGUUUAUGUUUUAAGGUGUUUAUGGGAGUUUUUGAUCAUUCCUCUAGAAGCACAUUUGUGAGGUCAGACAAUGUUGGACGAGAAGAUCUGGCUCACAGUCUCCACUCUAAUUCAUCCCAAAGGUGUUCUAUGGGGUUGAGGUCAGGACUCUGUGCAGGCCAGUCAAGUUCCUCCACACCAAACUCACUCAUCCAUGUCUUUAUGGACCUUGCUUUGGUCACUGGUGUGCAGUCAUGUUGGAACAGGAAGGGGUCAUCCCCAAACUGUUCCCACAAAGAGCAGGAAAUUGUCCAAAAUGUCUUGGUAUGAAGCUGAAGCAUUAAGAGUUCCUUACUUUUGGCAAUAUAGUGUAAUUCACAAAAUAGCUAGUAUAAUAUUGGAUAAAUAUAACAUCUGAUUUCUCUUUAAAAUAAAAAGCUGUUCUUGUUUAUUUAUUUUAAUAUUAUGUGUUUUUAAAUGAAAUUUUCAUUCAGUUUAUUUGAUUGAUUGUGUUAAUAUUGUGUGUUUAAUGUUUACACUUACAGCAUCCUGCAGACGUUACUGCACUUAUUUACACAAAGAGUUUACACUCAGGUGUUGAACAGAGGGAGAGAGGUGACCAGACUGACCACACAGCUAAAACAUUUCACUAAUAACACAAUCAGUUUUAUUUGAUGUGAUGCAGCACAAGUUUAUUUGUGUUUAUGAUCAAUUUCGCUAAAAUGCUUUCAUUUUAAACAUUGUUUUAUUUGCAAUCCUUCAAAGUCACAAUUUAACUGCUGUUUUAUUGUUUGUACAUUUUAUUAAAUACAUUAUAGUUUAGUUGUUAGUUAGCUGAAGUGCUGAAGCUCACUGUUUAAUACCUCAAUCACUCACGCUGCAGCAGUGAAUCAAAAUGGAACAGGAAGUUACAUCACAAGCUCCUGGUUCAGAUUGACACUAAUGUGUGCUUUUCAUGUGUAAAAGAAAGAUCAUGAAUAUGAGGCAUCUUUGUUAAUAAUAAACUUAAGUGUGGUGACUUGGCCAUGGUCAGUUCUCCAGACUAAAUAAAGCCUAAAGGUGUUGGACAUCUGGAUGACUGACCACAGAGUGACUACAGAUUACAGAUGUGAUGAUCGAGUUGGAAUGAAAUGAGAAAAAAAAAAAAAAAUUACAGCAAUUGAUGAAAUAUGUGUGUGAAAUAAGUGUGUGUGUGUGUGUGUGUGUGUGACUCUACCCUGUUUUCAGAGUUCUUUACGUCUCUGUGUCCUACACGUUCACAUUUUUGGCAUUGGGCAAAAGCCCUGAUCCACAACACCGUCUCCAUCACUGGUCACAUCAUCUCAGUGGUUCAUACUGACCUCUAGAGGGUCAUAGGGGAAAUGGUGCAAAGUAGAAAGCACUAAAAAAAAACACACAACUGGAAAAUGUGGAAAAAUGUUAUACUAGGUUAUACUAAUAACCAAGAACCUUCCAGAUCUGCUCCUUUACCUUAUAAAAACUAUACAAUAAAAUCUUGACUUAAAAAAUGUGUCUUCAGCCUAGACUUAAACACCGAGACUGUGUCUGAAUCCCCAACACUAAUCUGAAGGCUGUUCCAUAACUGUGGGGCUUUGUAAGAGAAAGCUCCGCCCCCUGCUGUAGCCUGCGUUAUUCAAGGUACUAACAAAUAACCUGCAUUAAGCAGGAGAAAAUUUAUGUAAAUUCUAUUUUUUAAUUUUUUAUCUAUUUUAUGUCACGUUGUACUCUGCAUGGUUGUGUAUGUGAUCAAUAAAAUUCCUAUU